UUUCUAGCAAAUCCUUCCCCCCAAAAAGAGGCGUACAAAAUGAUAUUUUGGCUUCACAUUGUUUUAAUUUCAACAGGAAUCACAGAUGUCCAAUCCAAUGUUCAGCCACAACUAGAGGAGUCCGGCGGGGACUUAAAGAGGCCCGGAGACUCCCUUCGACUCUCCUGUAAAGCCUCUGGGUUCACCUUCAGCAGCUACUACAUGAACUGGGUGCGACAGGCUCCUGGAAAGGGUCUGGAAUGGAUUGCAGGAAUAUAUACUGAUGGGAGCCAGCAGCACUAUGCUGACACGGUGAAAGGCCGUUUCACUAUUUCCAGGAAUAAUCCCUCAAACAUGCUGUAUCUGCAAAUGAACAGCCUGAAGCCUGAAGACACUGCUGUGUAUUACUGUGCAAGAGACACAGUGAGAGGAAAUGAAUCUGCAACAAGACAAAAAGAAAAACCCCUCCCUGUGCUCCUGGAGGAGGGACUCAUGCAAAUCCAUCCAGUACAUAGAGAGUUGUUCUACAAAAGGACCUCUAUCAUAUUACAGAGUUCAAUUUACACUGACUUUCAAAGCCUUGUCUUCAACACAGAGCUAAGACAUCUUUUCAAUAACACAAUGAAAUCAUUGCUGUUCUUGUUUUCUCUGGUAGCCAUUCCAAGAUGGGCCUUUUCAGAAAUUCAACUUGUACCAACUGGUCCAGGAAUGGUGAGACCUGGAGAGGAUCUUAGAAUGGUCUGUAAAGUGACAGGUUUCUCUAUUGCUUCUUCCUCUUCUUAUGCUUGGUAUUGGAUCCGACAGCAUCCUGGGAAAAGUUUUGAAGCAAUUGCAGGAAUAAAUGCCAACACUGGGGGCAUAUGGUAUGCCCCUUCUCUGAAUCGGACCACCAUUUCUGCAGACUCUUCGAAGAAUGAGUUCUCUCUCUUGCUAAACUCCCUGACAGCUGCUGACUCUGCUGUUUAUUUUUGUGCCCGAGAACACAGUAAGAUGAAGCCAAUGGGAACUGUGUACAAAAAGAGGAAACAAUGUUAG